AUUGCCUCUUAAUCACAAUUCUGAAUUCACAACCUAGAUAAUUUUUAGCUUGACGAAAUAGGUAAGUUUUGGAAGAGUUGGCCCGUUGGUCCAGUUCAGGUUCGACAUUUUAUCGUCAUUGUGGUAGUUCUCACAGUUCCUCGUUCUUUUCCCCCAUACAUCCCUCGGCUGCGUGCUUUGGUCAACUCUUGCCAGAGCAAUGACAAUUAGGGUUUUCUCCAUCUUUGUUCUUCUGCUUCUGUCCGCAUCAUUCCUUCAAGUUGCUAUAUGUGACUCGGAAGUGGGAAAAGAAACAUUGGAAAGUACUGAAGGAGAUCAUGGUAUUGUUGAGGAUGUCCAAGAUUUUGGUGGUGGGACAUACAGCCCAGCUCCCGGAGUGGAAACAGUUUAUUAUUUCCCUAAAAACCCUUCUAAAUUUGUUCCUGCUGGGGAAGAGAGCGAACUUUUAGUUGGAAUAAAGAAUGACGGGGAAUCGUCUCUGAAUGUUAUUGUGAUCCAUGCUACUCUUCAUCUUCCUUAUGAUCAUCAAUAUGUGGUUCAGAAUCUCUCUGUUCAGAGUUUUAACAAUGCAACAGUUCCUCCUUCUGCUCAAGCAACAUUCCCAUACAUAUUUGAUGUCAGCAAAUUUUUGCAGCCCGGAUCCUUUGAUCUUGUUGCGAGCAUUGUGUAUGAGAUAGACCAGAAUCAGUACCAAAGCACAUUCUAUAAUGGCACCAUUGAAGUGAUAGAGUCUGGAAGUACUCUCAGUGUAGAGUCUGUCUUCUUGUUUUUUCUUGGAGUUGGUAUUCUUGGCCUUCUGGGGUUCUGGAUUCAUGGUCAGAUCCAACGCCUCUCAAAGAAAAAUAAGAGGGUUACAAAGGCAGCAAAGGUUGAAGUUGGAACUGCAACAAGGGAUGCUCACAUGGAUGAGUGGCUGCAGGGGACGUCAUUUGCCCAGUCACAAUCCAAAUCAAAGAAGAAGAAUUAAAUAAUGAGCUAUUUUGAUUAGUUUGGUGUGCUGCAAUCUGAAGAGGAACUUUCCAUGUUAGGCAUUUGAAUUUUCAGGAAAAGCUGAAAACCAGGCAGGGAUGGUUAAUUAAUUAGCACUUACGUUUCAACACCCCACCCCACAUCCGUGUAUUGUAGCUGUAGAACUUCUAAAUUUUACCCAUGUUUUUACUGUUAAACUCACUUGACCUGAGUUAGGGAAAGAUGUAUUUCAGAAUUCUUCAUUUUAUUAUUUCAGUUUCAUCUGGUCUUUUUUUGCUUGCUAUGCCCCUGUUAAUUGGGUUUUCUUGCUUCUUUCCCGGUGUGUAUGGUGAGGAAAAAGAAAAAGAAAAUCUGUG